GGAAUUUUUUAUUUCGCGUGUUACGAUAAUAACGGACUGACAUGUACAUGUACACUAUAAUAACAAGUUUUCAAUAUUUUAUCAAUUUCAUGUUUAAAUGUUGAAUUCUGCUUAAGCCGGUGCUAGGGGACGUGGACAAUAGCUUGCAAAUACCACUACCGUCCACGAACCGGCUCAAUCAAACCGAGCUUGCAACAUUUUCAAAUUUUCUGUGUUGGGCUUUCUUUAGUGAUUCUGUUUUUAUUUAUUUUAUUAUAAUAAUAGAACAGGUAUUUGUACAUUUUGAAAACAAGCUCUAUGAAAAUAAUAGAACAAAAACUUUAAUGCUAAACGGUCAAAGCCCCAUUAAAAAUAAGACACAAUAUAAAAAGGUAGAUGUUUAGACCAGAUUUAUUAAAUCAUGCAAUGUUAAAAUGUUCAGCAUCAGAGUUUAAUUUUCUAGAAUUAUGUAAAGAUAUACAAGAUCACGACUUAGCUGAUUAAUCUAAUUUGAUGUUGAGUGUAUUAAAUCAUUAAGUGCUUAAUUCGCGUCUAGCUUAUACAACAAUAAAACACUCAUCUAGAUCAAUAUCACCAGCAGACGACAAUGUCUGACUUCUGUAUCCAAAGACUGUAUCUGAGUAAACUGGUCGAGUAUAAAUACACGGGGAGUAACAAUUACCAUGUAUUGAUGUCUCACGUCUGCUACUGUCGACAGAAAUAAAGCCUAAUGUUCCCAUCGUAGGAGAUGCUAGUGUAUUGUUUUAAUACAAGUGAUAUCAGUUAUAUGUAUAUUUGAAUGAAAUUAAUGCAAAAUUGUUACGAUUUUUCGAUGUAAAAAAGUGAAAAGUCAACAAUACAUUGCUACAUUAAAGAAACAGUUGAUAAUGUAUUUAUUUUUAUUUUUGUGCGUGAAUACGCUCAUUGAAGCAAAUGUGUUUAACGAUGUAGAAAAGUAAAACAAUCAACAAUACAUUGCUACAACGAAGAAAAAGUUGAUAAAUAAAAACUGCUUAUUUUUGUGCGUGAAUAUGCUCAUUUAAGCAAAUAUGCUUGCUCCGACUAAUAGUCUGCUGAAAAUUUCCAUUUGAUUUAUUCCAAAAUGUAUGAUGAUUACUGAAGGGAGAUGUGAAGUUUCUUGUGUUUCCAUGGAUUACUCGUGCCUUCAAUACCUGAAUGACCGCAUCAUGAAUGAUACAAACACCACAAUGCCCGAGCUCUCGGAUACUCUCGAACAGUUUACCAAAGGAUUGUAUACUUACGGAAUACCAGUAAUUUGUAUAUUUGGAAUCUUUGGUAACAUGCUGUCUUUCCGAGUGUUUGCGUUCACAAGUUUCGGCAAACAGAAUUCAAGCGUUUAUAUUCAAGCAUUAAGUUUAUCUGAUACUGGAUUUCUUGCGUCCUUGAUACUAAGUUGGUUAGGAGGUGGUCGUAUUGGUGUAGUGUAUGGACACAGUUCAGUGUGGUGCCAUGUCAUGGUCUAUGUAACGUACGUUUGUAGUUUUCUAUCAGUAUGGUACGUUGUUCUGAUAAUGGCUGACAGAUACAUCGUCGUUUGUCACUCAUUACACGUCCCAGAUUGGUGUACAAAGAAACGUGCAAGAGUUGUAACCGGUGCUUUAACUCUAUUUGGAGUGCUUUUGUAUUCACACCUUUUCUUUACGGCGGAAAUCGGCGGCGACAAUUGCCGACUUCAGUUCAAACCGUUCAUGUUGAGAUUUAUUUCAAUUUCGAUUUACGCCGACACAGCAAUAACUUUUGUCAUACCUUUUGCUAUUAUUUUCGUUUUGAACAUACUUGUUAUUAUUUCCAUGAAGCGGUUUCAAUUGAGACAUAACUAUCUUCGAGACAGAGUUCAACAAACUGAUUUUACAAAUUUGGAUGUUCUUACAAAAGCACAGUAUCAUAUUACACGUACAUUUAUUCUAGUUUCUGCCGUGCUACUUGUGACAAACGUACCCAGCCAUGGGAUACGAUUUUAUAUAAUCGUCAAGCGAUUAGUUAAUUCUGGUGACAUAGUCCUCUAUCAUGCUCAACAUGUCUUCCAGAUUAUUUAUUAUUUCAAUUUCGCGGUCAAUUUCCUCCUGUACAGUGUCAGCAGCCGGAAAUUCCGGAAAUAUCUCAAGUGCCGAUAUUUGUGUUACUGUUGUAAGAAACGAGGUCGCAAUCACUUGACUAAUGAAGAAUUGUAUCGUAAUUUUCAUUUGCUUCCUCUGCGCAAUACUUUACAACGAAGACUUGUUUUCAAUGACAGCAGAGCAAGAAAUGUGAUAUAGGCAGUUCACAUUUAACAUUAAUGAUGCAAAGCAACUAUACUUGUAUAUUUCUACGGUGUUAUAACAGACAACAGAACAGUUGUAGACUCAUAUGUCUUGUGAUGCAUAUUUACUUAUAGACCAUCAUUCAUAUCAUCUGUCAUGAUUAUUUUAUUGCAUGUUUAGGCUGUUAUAUUGUUAUGUAAUCAACUGCAAUAUGAACAUAUUCAUUAUGAUUACUUAUUAUUUCUAUAAAAAAAUCACAAUAACACAUUACAAAGUUCGUAAUACGUUCGUAUAUAGGUUGUUGCGUAUAAUAUUUAUUUUCCCAAAUUCCAUUUUUAGACACAUUUCAUUAAAUUGAGAUAUAACUUAAUCUUAACACAAUUGAAAGUAUUGCAUAAAUUCAUUAACUCUUCUAAGGUUAUUUAAUAGGUUUUGUAUGAUAUCUUUUGAACAAGAAUAUA